CGCCCAAGCGAAAGCCCCAUCGCCAGCCAAACCAGGCCGGCGAAAGGGUGUAUCCAUUUCAUCCAUUAAAAUCAAAGCUAUCCUCUAGUUUUUGGGCGAAGGUAUUGAACCUUCCUCUUCUUAAACCCAUAUUUCUCAACGAUCGUUAUGAUGUCGCUGCGAUCCCUCCGCUUCCCGCAAUCAUCUCAUGCGAAGUGGUAUCUAAACGCAGCAAGCCAAACCCGCAAGCUAGACGCAACCUAUUCCGUGCGCUGGAGACCUGUUCCGCCGCAGUGUGUAGGGCAAGUGUUCAAUUCUUCUCCUUCCCUCAUUGCUGCAACCGGGCCUGUCCUGCACAACUACAGGUGCAUCCAUCUCGCCUCGGCAAUCAAAAUCAUAUGCAUGAACGGAAAAGCAAACAUCAAAGGCUCCAAUAACAACUCGCUUUCCCCAUCGCAUGUCCCCAUUUUAGCAGAAUCAAGUUCCAUUCCCCGAUGCUUGAUCCCCAUUUUAAACGCCAUGCUCAAAUCCCCUAGUAUACCAAGUCCCGUAUCCUGUAGAAAAGUAGUGCCGCCCGAGAACAUAAGACGUAGAGCGCAGAUUUCUGCAUUGAAGGUGAACGCCUGUGGUGAGCACGCGUUGCAGAUGUCCAUUGGCCGAGCCAAACCAGGACCAGUUUAUUAGAAAGCUUUGUGCAGGUCGAAUCAAGUAGCGUAACUUUCCAUCUAGGUCCGGUCCUUAAGAAAACUUUUCGAGGUGGAGAGAACGCUGCAAGUGACGUGGUCUAGUAUUGAACGCAGAAAGACGCCCAGAAUUGGCGUGACUCAAGGUCGAUCGUCCAUAACAACUGCUCAGUAGUGUUCUUUAGAUGCCUAACCCAUGACAGUCUGAGCUGUGUAGCCGGACGCCAAUGGGUAGGGUCGAUAGUGGUGAGAGUAUGCACAAGUCGAACAGCUGCAAUCGUAGCGAUGGGUAGUGUUCCAAGUGCCAUGAUCCCAUCCGGUCGAGUAGGUCGGCGUCUGGUAGUAGGCCGAGUGGUUGGCAUUGCCGUACUGAUAGGCAGUCUGGCGAGCACGCUCCUCAGAAGCGCGUCGAUUCGCUUCCUCAAUCUCGGCGUAAGACUCAUAGCGUGCUGGCCGCUUGUAAUAGUCAUCCACCUGGCGGGAGCUGGUAGACCAAGGGUCAGCAGCUGAGUAAGGUGUUGAGUAUUGUGUGGAAGGAGCCGAGAAUGGCUGCUCAAACGCACGAGUCGAGGACGUCGCUGUGUGUGGCGUCGGGUACGGCGAGAAUCGAUCG